AUGGACGAAGAAGAUGAUGAUUUCUAUGAUCCCGUUGAUACGGUUCCGACGACCCAAUCGCACCAUCCACCUCAGAAUGCAGCCCAGGACGGUGAUCCCAUAGACGAGGAGGAGGAGGUUGAAGAAGAAGACGAUGAUGAUUUCAAUAUCAUUACAGAAGCUCCCGAAGGCGCACCGCCGCCCGAGCCCUCUCAUCCUCGCCAUGCAAGUUUAAGGCAAGAGCCGCCAAGGCCAAGCUCGACCGAUCCGGGCUCAGUAGCGAUGUCUGCAACCCCGUCCGCGACGCCACGACUCGACAACGCGGCUCCCCAAGUCAGCCACGCAACCACCGAAGCCUCGAAUGAAAAGCCCGGCUCUGCUUACCCAGCAAUCCACAGUUCGACCAUUGACGUCAAUGCGAACCCUGUUCACCCCACGACCGGGAAGCCUAUCAUGUCCACUGACAUGGACGCCGACCUCCCUUCUGACGACAAGCCCUGGCGACGACCGGGGACAGAUGUCUCGGACUACUUCAACUAUGGAUUUGACGAAUUCACAUGGUCAGGAUAUUGUCUUAAACAACAAGGUGUGCGCCAAGAAGUGGGCAGUCAAAAGAAGCAAAUGGACGAUAUGCAGGCUUUCAUGGGCAUGGGAAUGCCCAUGCCCGGUGCACCGUCAGCUGCACCAGCCAGCGCCGCUCCCGCCAUGCCAGGCAUGCCGGGCAUGCCAGACAUGAAUCCGGAUAUGAUGCAAGGUAUGCUGGCAUCCAUGAUGUCGCAGGGCUUGGACCCGUCUGCCAUGGACCCCAUGGCCUUCAUGCAGCACGCACAGUCAAUGAUGCCCGGCGGGGGCCAGCAAGCGCAAGCUGGCUUUGCCGGCCAAUCUCAAAAUCAAGGCUUCAACCAAGGUGGCCAGGGCCAAAUGGGCUACGGAGGGUAUGAUCAACGUGGGGGUUAUGGUGGUGGUCGAGGCCGCGGACGCAGAUGGUAG